GAUUCAAGUUUCCAAACUGAAGUCGAGCGGAUCGCGUUACAAAGACGAGCAGCACCAGAACGCGAGCCAUGCCUGCCGUUGAACACAAGCUAAACGUCUCCGAGGAGGAGGUGCCUGAACACAUUCGCCUCAUUGCCAGCCAACAGGGCGAGUGCACAAAGACCAAGAAACAAACCAUCGAACAAUUUCGUAGCUAUAUUUUGGAGCGAAACGAGUGCCAACCGCAUCGCAACGAUGACAAAUAUCUGGAGAAGUUUUUACGUGCACGCUACUGGAAGAUCGAAAACAGCUAUCGAUUGCUCUGCAGUUAUUAUAAAUUUCGCGAACACAACAAGGGCUACUACGAGAAGGUUCGCCCUCUAGAUCUGCGACACUUGGGCGAUUCGGACAUAUUGACAGUGACGCCAUAUCGCGACCAGCACGGCCACCGCAUAAUCAUAUAUCGAUUCGGAUUGUGGCGCCCCAAUCGCGUCACCGUUGAUGAUAUUUUUAGGGCCACCAUUGUAUUGCAGGAGCUGGGCAGCCUGGAGCCAAUCUCUCAGAUUAUGGGAGGUGUCGCAAUAUUUGAUCUCAAGGAUUUAGGCCUGGAACAUAUACUUCAUCUGAGUCCCAGCGUGGCACAAAAGAUGAUUGCUCUGUUGGUGACCUCCAUGCCGAUUCGUACCUCUGCGCUGCAUAUUGUGAACCAGAACUGGGUAUUCAAUGCAGGGUUCAAGAUCUUCAAGCCCUUCCUUAACUCAGCUAUGAGAGAGCGGCUCUACAUUCAUGGCAGUGAUAUGAGUUCCCUGCAUAAGCACAUCGAUCCCGAACACCUGCCCAAGCGCUAUGGUGGCUUGCAUGAUGACUACUCUUACACGCUCUGGCUGGACAUGCUGAAAGAGCAAAGCACUGAAAGCAAUGUGCAGAAGGACAUGGAGCAGCUGGGCUUUAUUUUCGACUCGAAUGCGAUUUGAUUUGAUGCAAACAGUGGAAAAUUGAUACUUGGAUAUUGAAAAUAAGGAUCAUUCAUGUAGGCUAAGUUUGAGAAAUAAAAUCUCCCAAAUUUCA